UUAAGUGCAACUAUAUAAAUGAAAAUUAACGAAAACACAAGCGCCGCAUAAACACGAUCAUUGCGAGAGAAGCAAAACCAGUGAGUGUCUGCUUCUUGUGAACUCAAAACGAUGGCGUUUUUCUCUUCAACUGCAACCGUUCCACAAAACCUCACUUUCGUUUCCUCUAACAAACUCUCAUUCUCUCCUUCUUCCACGACGUCGUUUAACUUCGUUUCAUUUCCCUCAUUUCAAUCCAAGUUCUGCAAAACCAUUACUUCCUCUCCACAAAUCACACGCGCACACGCGCCUCCUACUCCUUCAACCGAAACCACCACCGCCUCAUCCUUCCAUGGUCUCUGCUACGUCGUCGGCGACAACAUCGACACCGAUCAGAUCAUCCCCGCCGAACAUCUCACUCUCGUCCCUUCUAAGCCUGACGAGUACCAGAAGCUUGGUUCAUUUGCCCUAAUCGGACUCCCCGAUUCGUACACCGUACGAUUUGUUGAAUCCGGUGAGACCAAAACGAAAUACUCUAUCAUCAUCGGCGGUGCUAAUUUUGGCUGUGGAUCUUCCCGUGAGCAUGCUCCGGUGGCUUUAGGUGCUUCCGGUGCUGCUGCUGUUGUGGCGGAAUCUUAUGCGCGGAUCUUUUUCCGGAACUCGGUGGCUACUGGUGAGGUGUAUCCUUUGGAGUCGGAGACCAGGUUAUGCGAGGAGUGUCGCACAGGAGAUGUGGUGACAGUUGAGCUCGCGGAGAAUCGUUUGAUUAAUCAUACUACUGGAAAGGAGUAUCAGUUGAAGCCAAUUGGAGAUGCCGGUCCGGUGAUUGAGGCUGGUGGGAUCUUUGCUUAUGCUAGGAAAACUGGCAUGAUUCCUACUCGAUGAGGGAAAGUCAUGUUGGCAUACAGCAGUAAAUGUUUCGGGAGGUUGACUAGAAUUGUUUGCCUGCGUUCACGGAUUCAGUUCAGAUUCUCUCUUCAUGCAGCUUUGGUAAAAAUGAGUAUGAGUAUUGUAACUUAAUUUGGGAUUAGCACUAUGAACUAUUUUAGGAAUAUAAAAUGUUUAAGGCUUCUAUUAAUUAGAAUAUUUGAAACUUUAGAUACAAGUUGUGUUGGUAUAUUUUAUUUAUACUUCUUUACAAGCCUGAUUUCCA